AUGUUCGUUCAACGAACUGCCUUCAUCCUCGCCAGGCGCACCCCCGUCAAGGCCCUUGCCAGACGUACCUUUUCCGCAUCUGUUGCCCAACGUAAUGCCGCAAAGCCAUCCAAAUGGGAUCCCAAGCCCGGAGAGCCAGCAGGCAAACUAGUGUCCUUCGAAGGUCAGCCUAUAGACCUCCAUCUUCCAUUUUUUAUUCCACUUCUUCUUGUCGCAACCGAAGAAAAAGCGGAAUACCUCUUUUUGAGGGCGUUGUCAAUUUCCUAUGAAAACGAUGGAGCUGCCGCACCACAUAUCGAAACCGAAGCCGACCUUCUUCCCCCCGGAGCGAAAGCCGGAAGCAUCCCCACUGAUUACGAACAAGCAACUGGUUUGGAAAGAUUGGAACUUCUAGGGAAAAUGCACGGAGUUGACGUUUUCGAUAUGCGACCACUGGAUUCGUCAAGAUUGGGGACUCUCGAUAACCCGAUUAUUGUCAAGUCCGGCGGAGAUGAGCAAUAUGCGGGCUGUACCGGCUUCCCUGCGGACUCCCAUACUGUUAUUUGGCUGACGGUAUCCCGCAAGCGUCCAAUUGAGCGUUGUUCCGAGUGCGGCAACGUUGUCAAGAUGGAGUACAUUGGGCCUGAGUCGGAUCCCCAUGCCCACCAUGGUACGUAA